GCGAUGCCGUGCGACAUACUGCUAUGCCUUCGAAACAAAAACGCCGAGGACCCAAGCAGCAAACCACACCGCCCUCGAGUUUUGUAGAGCCACCGUUAACCCCGCCGCCAACCGACGAGAAGCCGUACGCGCAAGCCCCUCGAAUUAUCGCACUUUUCCACGAAAUUCAAGCAGGAAAGCAUAGCAAUCGAGACCCGUGGACAGAGUUUUCGCUUCAACCCGGGGAGUACGAUAAAUUGCAGCGUCUCUUCAAACAAGAGGAGAGGCUGCUAGGGUUUGUGAAAGACAAGAUACGGUAUGAUUACGACGUGGAAAAGCACCGGCUUGUCGUUCGCAUGCCUACAGCCGUGCAUGAAUUGUUCAUUGCCCGUGUUGAGGAUGCUGUGCUCAGCCAACUGAAAUCGAUUCGUGAAGGAUCUGAUGACGCGGCGGCUUUCGCCCAGAAGGUUGAUUCUGCUCGGUCUACCGAGCUACAUUUUCCAGUUACAGAUGAUUCCUCCGGCAAGAAAUCGAAAUAUGAGCCGGACGCAUCUUUCUGGCACGAUGACGCGGAAUACCCUGGGGUUAUCGUCGAAGUGGCAUAUUCACAGAAGAAAAAGAGACUGCGCCGGUUGGCCGAAAACUAUCUCCUGGACUCAGAUGCUAGUGUGCGAGUUGUUGUGGGUUUCAACAUCGGAUAUGGCGUGAACGAGUCGCGUGAAGCGACCUUGUCGGUAUGGCGGCCUCAAUUUCUUCACACCAACGAUGGCGUUGAACUACGAGUAGUUGAGGAAGUUGCGGAUGAGGCAUUUCGUGACGAGCAAGGAAAUUCUACUACUCACCCAGGCCUACGGCUUCAACUGUCCGACUUUGCAUGCGAGGAACUUACAAAGGAUGUGGUGGUUACGGAGGGAAGGAGGGAGAUCAUAGUGUCUACUCAAGAGCUUUGCAAUUAUCUCUCUGCAGCGGAAGGUAAGAUGCGCCGGGAAACAUCACUUGUUCGGCAUUCCAUUCCUGCGGGCGUUAAAAAGCGCAAACGAUCAGAAACACCCACAGAUGUGAUGGUUCCUGGUGAUGAAGCGAGAUACGUUAAGGAAGAGGAGAGGGAGGCGAAGCGGGCAGCAGUGAACGACUUGGAUUACGAACAUGCAUCAAGCGGCAGCUUUUCAGAAUAGAAGACAGCAUAAUGAUCGUUUCGUAAUAACCGUUUCGAAUAGCUGCAUUUGAAAUUAAAUUCGGUAGUAC